GCUUAAUGUUCCAGAACAGUUGACCAUUCCAUCUCAUCAACUCACUCAACAUCGACUUCAAGAUCAAAAACUAAUAAUCAUGAACCACAAUCCAGUUCAACAAUCUCAAUCAAACAAUCAAAGAUCAACUCCUCCAAUCUAUCCAAAUUGGUAUAAAGUACUUCAAUUACCAUCAACAGAAGAUCUAAACGCCAAAGAAAUCCAUCAAGCUUACUUUACUCAAGCUGCUUUACAUGAUCCUAAUAAUUUUACUAUCGGAACUGAGGAUCAUGCAAGAGCUGUGACUUAUUCUAAAAUCAUUAAACAUGCUUAUGAGGUUUUAAGCAAUAAAGAUAGGAAGAACAGGUACGAUUCUUUGAGGUAUCAAAUUCGAUCUAAAUUCGAUAAAGAUCAAUUAAUCGAAAGAUCAAAAACCUUAGCUGAAGGAUGGUUAAAAAGUACCGAAUCAAAAACCAGAGCAACAGAAGAAGCCUCCACCUCAGAAUUAGCCAAAAAAAGGUUAAAUGAGUUUUUUGAAAAGAUUCAAAACUUACGAAUCAAACAUCCAAACUUACCAUCACCUAAACGAGAAGAAGUUUCGAAAUUCUUUGCCAAUGAAACUCUUCGAAGAAAAUUAGAAAUCGAAUCUAAUCGAUCAUCACAUCGAAGUGCAUUAGAAUUAAUGAUCUUGGCUGAAUUCGAACGUAGAUCGAUUGGAAUGGAUUCAUCUGAAAGAAGAUUAAGAUGGCAAACGGCAAGAGAUGAAUUUAAAAAGAUUAGUGCUGAACGUCAAUUAAUCGAUCAACAACGUUCUCAACGUCAAUGGGAAUUCUCUCUUAAUCAAUUCUUUGCUAAUCAUCUUCAACAACAUUUAAACUCUCAAUCUCCUAAUAAUAAAUCAUCUUCAAUUCAAACUUCUCCAAGAUUUGAUCAACAAGCAAUGAGAUCUCCAAUCAAACAAAAGAGAAGAGUCUCAAUCAAUCUUGACCGUCCACACCUCAACAAACCUGGAAGUCCAUUGGGGUCUUAAAACCAAAGCUUUAUGCAGUAAAAUAAUCAAAGCCUUCUCUUGUCGGACUUCAUCAGCUCUGUCUUGAAAAUCCAACCUCGAGCUUAAUUUCUUUUUUUUCCUUUUUCGUCAGGUUAGUCUUAUGCUCAAGAAGUGAUCUUAAUAUUGUCGUCAGUUUUGUGUUCUUGAAAAAAACAUGUUGUAUUUGUGCUUAAACUUUUUACCUCGUAUGUUGUAUGAUGUAUAUACAUUAAUAAGUUUGAGAGAAACUUUUGAUCCUGUCUGAAAUAGCCACUUGAUUUGAAAUCGAGAAUUGAUCCCAAUGAUCAAAUUCAUCCUCGUC